AUGGCUAAUAACGGGCACGGCGUUUCGGGACUGAGUUCAGUGAAAGCAGGGAAAGGUCAAGUGAAAAAAGAAAAAUUAAGUAUAUGGAAGAGAAAGGGAAGACAAAAGUUCCGACAAAAAGAAGAGAGAGGGAAGAGACUGCUGGCAAGUUCAGCGGAAGUAGAGCACAAGGGGUACGAGAAAGGAACGGAGGUGAAAAGUCGGCAGCAGCGGAGGCGCGCGGGACCGGCGGUCCUCCUGCCGGCAGGGGACGCGAGCGGCCAGGCCCGCCGGAGGAAGCAGCCCCCCAGGCCAGCCGACUUCAAGCUGCAGGUCAUCAUCAUCGGCUCCCGCGGCGUGGGCAAGACCAGCCUGAUGGAGCGCUUCACCGACGACACUUUUUGCGAGGCCUGCAAGUCCACCGUGGGUGUUGACUUUAAAAUCAAAACUGUAGAGCUAAGAGGAAAGAAAAUUAGAUUACAGAUCUGGGACACAGCAGGUCAGGAGAGAUUCAACAGCAUUACCUCAGCUUAUUACAGAAGUGCCAAGGGGAUCAUAUUAGUAUAUGAUAUUACUAAGAAGGAGACAUUUGAUGAUUUGCCAAAAUGGAUGAAGAUGAUUGAUAAGUAUGCUUCAGAAGAUGCAGAACUUCUCUUAGUUGGAAAUAAGUUGGACUGUGAAACUGACAGAGAAAUCACCAAACAGCAAGGUGAAAAGUUUGCACAGCAGAUAACUGGGAUGCGGUUCUGUGAAGCAAGUGCCAAGGAUAACUUCAAUGUGGACGAAAUAUUUCUGAAACUCGUCGAUGACAUUCUGAAAAAGAUGCCCCUGGAUAUUUUAAGGAAUGAGUUGUCCAAUAGUAUCCUCUCAUUACAACCAGAACCUGAGAUUCCACCAGAAUUGCCUCCGCCAAGACCACAUGUGCGAUGCUGUUGAUUUGCUACUUUGGAGAAAAAGUGGAAACGAUUCCUGGAAAGGGGAAAAUGUUCUAUUCUGCACUACAAUCAUUUUGACAAUUUCCUUUCGCACUUUGUAAUCCAAGUCAGAGCUAUACACUAACUUGUAAAUAUGCAAAUAUGCAAUCCUGGGUAAGUUUUGGUUAUAAAUUACAUAUUUCCCUCCAAAAUUAUAUUUCAUUCAUUAUCCCAGUGUCUAGUGUACAUACACUGGGAAACGUAGUACUUCUAAUAUGAAGAAUGGGAGAAAUGAAAGGUAUAAUGUUUCUUGAAAUAAAUAAUAUAAUUGUUUUUGUUAAUUAUAUUAUGAGGACAAAAGAUAUUCUAAUAAGAAGAAAGAAUGUGGUGCUUUGCUUACUGUUUUAAGGAAAAUUUAUAAAACUAAAGACUUUUUUUUUUAAGCUAUCUUUAGUGCUUUUUCUUUAUUCACAAGACAUUUCCCCCAGUGGUAGCACCUUUGAAGUAUGGGAGUGUUUCUACCACAAAGCAAAAGCUCCAUUCAUCACUGUCAUUGAAGGUUAUUUAUUAAUGUUACGUAAUGGUAGAAUAUUACUAGUUAGAAGGUAGGAUUUGACUUGGCCCUGAGGCCUCAGAGUCUCUCUCACAGUUUCUGAAUGGACAUACCUUAUGCUUUUAAGAACUACAAAGAUUCAAUAAAGAAAGAAAUGUUUUGAAACUAUAGAAGAUUUUAAAACAACGCUGCUGUCCUAAACAAAUCCUGUUUAAAGGAAUUUUAAAGAGAUACAUUUUACUAUAUCAAAGAACAUACACGUAUUUGCCUAAAAAAGUCUAUACCUUUGUGAAAAUAAAACUGCUCCCCUUUAUGAUGAAGCUUAUCCCCGUUAA